CCAGUGUGGUGGAUUUUUCUUUUCUCCAUGUAGCGCUUAUUUUUUUUCUUUAUUUUAUUAAUUAAUACUUUGGUUGGCUUAUAGAAUAAGAGUUGCUUUUUUACACUAUAAAGAGGGGUUUUUGGUGUUUUUUGGGGGUGGGUUUGUUAGUUCUUGGGUCAUUUAUUGGAUUUCCAAGAGGGGAAAAAAAAAAAAUCAGUCUUCGAACAAAACUGCAGCAAAAUGGAAAACAUUACUGAAUACGACUAUGUUAGCGAGGAUGACAUUGAGGAUUUAUUGUGUCGCAAGGACGAAGUGGUCAAGAUCGGAUCCAUCGUCGUCCCAUUAUUCUUCGGCAUCGUGGUUUUGCUCAGUCUCGUUGGUAACAGUUUGGUUCUUGCAAUUCUUGCGCUGUAUGAGAAUCUCAAAUCGUUGACCAACAUCUUCAUCCUUAACUUGGCGCUGUCAGACCUGCUGUUCACUGUCGGAUUGCCGUUCUGGGCUUAUUACCACAUCUGGGGUUGGACUCUCGGAGAACCAGCGUGCCAAGCCAUAAACUUUCUCUUCUACGCCGGGUUUUACAGCAGCAUCGUGUUCCUGGUGAUGAUGACCGUUCAGCGCUACAUGGCUGUAGUGCAUCCUCUCUCCGACUGGGAAAGAGGCCAGGGUUUUGCACUCAUCCCCGUCUUCGCUUGGGUGGUGAGCAUCGCAGCGGCGUUGCCGGCCCCGAUAACAAGCAAAGUCCACGUCGACCCAGAAACCCUUCAAAAAGUUUACUGUGAGUACCAAAGCACCAGGGCACAUUUAACCGUUACGUACGAACAGAACUGCUUUUUUCUCUGCGCCUUUCUGGUCAUGGGUUUUUGCUACAUAAGAAUCCUGCAGACCAUCUUCAAGACAAGAACGAACAAAAGACACCGCACUAUCAGACUCAUCUUCUGCAUCGUAGUCGUCUUCUAUCUCGGCUGGGGUCCUUAUAACCUGGUGAUUUUUCUGCACACCUUUACUCGUCAUGGGAAUCCGUUUUUCACAAACUGUAACGUCACACAUUAUCUCGACUACGCCGAAUACGGAUGCAAGCUGCUGGCGUUUUCACACUGCUGCCUCAAUCCUGUUUUUUAUGUUUUCGUUGGCGUGAAAUUCAGGAAUCAUCUAAAGGGGGUCCUGCGGAAGAUUUUUCAAAGCCCGCCGAACACGGACAUGCAACGACCCCGAACUGGCACCAUCCUGUCUCAUGGCUCCAUGGGCUCGAAUGGAAACAGCAAAGCCAUGUACACAACUGUCUGAGGCCGUCUGGAAAUUAUGUGUGCUUAAAUAAAUGAAGGCUUAAGCUCUUUUUUAAAUAAAGAGGUAAAGAUGUAAUACAGACUGUACUUAAUAAAAAUAAGAACCAUCAUUAACUGUUUUUAAGAAGGCCUAAUUACAUUGGUGCCUUGUAUAAAAAUCUACUAUGUCUUUACAAUGUUAUUCAGGGGAACAGCAUAAACAUGAUGUACUGUAUCUGUUUAUUAUUUCUUAUUAUACAUACUCUAUGCAAUAUACAGUACCUAAUGAAAGACAGGACUAUGCUCAUUGUGAAUUAGAAUUACAUGUAGAUGAAAUGUCUGAUGUCUUACAUCCUUUACUUUUUUUGUUGCAUGGAAUACUGUUUGUAUAAAUAUUCAAUUUCUAUUUUUAUGCGCAAUGCCAGCUGAA